UGAUUUUUUUCCAGGAUAUUGAAGCAAAGAAGCAAUAUUUUCUAAUAAUUCUGGUUUUAAUAUAUUCGUUACACUUUGGCGGAUGCGACUCCAAGGCCUGAUUUUGCAAUUUCGGCCUUAAAACUUUAUAAACAGUAAAAUGAAGAUAGCAAACGUCCUUUUACUGUUUAUAAAGUUUGACAACAUGAAACUGUCAGAGAAUGCAUGAACUGGCCUGAUCCCUUUUUUAUUUAUCUAAUCUGACGUAGUAGAAUAAGUUUUCCCGUGUAAGUUUUUAUUUUAAUCUAAAAAAAGUGUAACGCGCAAAUGAAGAUGCAUCGUAGCGAGUGUGUGAUAACGAGUACGCAGAAAAGCUGGUCGUUGGUUAUUUGUAGAACGGGAAGCAAGAAACGACAAAGAUGACGUUAAACUCGCGUGAAUUAAAAAUUUCGAAAUUUUUUCGAAUGACAGAUACACAUCUUUGACAUAAACUAGGCGACACAUUUCAAAUAUAGAAAAGUUGCGAAUUCCAUUUUUGGACUAUAUCAAACGAUAUGGUAUCGCACUUUUGAUUUACUUGUGUUUCUUAUCUUAAUUAAUCUCCAUCUCCUCUAUGUUCUAAUAUAACCACAAUUUACAUUACCAUGAAAUGGUGAUAUGUGAAUUUUUGCUUAGACCCUGCUCCUUGAAAGUGGUCAAUAUGAUUUAAUUGGAGUAUUUGCGAUGCGUUAGUUACUCUAGAAUUAUAAAAAAAAUGAAAUUGAAUUACAAACAGUUGCCUAUAAAGGCACAUUACUUUUUCUUCAUGGCAGCAAUGGGUCCAAUUCUUCCAUUUUUACCAGUUUAUGGUAAACAGCUCGGUGUAUCCCCAUUAGUCAUGGGCAGCAUCACAGCUGUAUUACCGAUUCUGUUUUUAAUCGCGAAGCCAGCCUUUGGCUUUCUUGUAGAUUACUUUGACUCCUGGAAAAAAUCAAUUUUUGUAGCAUUACUAGCAGCAACAAGCACUUGUUACGUCUGUAUGUGCUUCUUACCAGUACUUCCAGGACCAGUUUUACCGGAUCAUAGAUUUAUUAACAUAUCCUGUGACCUUUUACCGCAUUGUUCAUUAGAAGACAUUUCAAGACCAGAUUUAUGCACUGGAGCAAAGAAUACAACGUGCCACUGGACAUGUAAAGAUGAACACUUUUCUACAACGAUACUAUUUCAAGCUGUUAAAGGGGAAGCAAGCUUUUCCUCGAAUACUACAUGUUUAAUUAAUGCAAAUUCUACCUCAUAUUGUUCACAAAGUACUAACUGUAACGUCACCUGUGAUGAUUUCAAAGACAAACAUUGUCUAUACUCAUCUGCAACUUUCUGGGGAUUUGUCUUUUUGAUGUGUCUUGGUAAUAUUGGUUUCAAUGUAAGCAACAGUAUAAGCGAUGCGAUUUGCUUCGAUAUACUAGGCGUAGGUGGUGAAAUGGGAUAUGGUAGACAACGCGUUUGGGGAACAAUAGGUUUCGGAAUUACUGCCUCUUUGGCUGGAAGUUUAGUCGAUUAUUGGUCUAAAGGAGAAAUAAUCAAAAUUUACACACCCGCAUUUCUAUUGGUCUUCGUGUUUUCGUUCAUCGAUCUAUUCUGUUGUAAAAAAUUAAAACUGCCAAUUAUGGUAGGAUCGACAAAUAUAUUAAAAGACGUGUCUCAGCUUUUAAAAUUGAAGCAUAUAAUAAUAUUUCUCUGCUUUGCGACGAUUGCUGGCAUUCUAGACAGCUUUAUAAUUUACUUUUUAUUUUGGUACUUAGAAGAUUUAGCUAUGACAACUGGUCAUAUGAAUGAAAUUAAAUUAAUAGAAGGUUUAAUAGUUGCCGCGGAAACUUUGGGCGGCGAGAUAAUAUUUUUUUCCUUGUCUGGUAAAAUUUUAAAGAAGCUAGGAUUCGGAUAUACUUUUACGUUUUGCUUUGUAUGUUACGCUAUACGUCUUGGUUUAAUUUCUUUGGCGUCUACGCCAUGGUGGAUAAUUCCGAUAGAACUAUUUAUGCAAGGACCUACGUAUGCACUUUGUUAUACGACAAUAGUUGCAUAUGCUAGUAAGGUCGCGCCAACUGGCACGUCAGCUACCGUUCAAGGAAUCGUAGCUGGCAUGGAUGAUGGUUUUGGUUUCGCGAUAGGUAGUUUGAUAGGUGGCAUAUUCUACAAAAUAUUUGGAGGCGUAAUAACGUUACGAAUAUUUUCGUUCACUGCUGCUAUAACUGCCUUUAUGUAUCUUGUUUUACACGUGGCAUACUUGAAACAUAUGACGCCAGACACGAGAAGAAACGUCGAAUGGAAAACGCCUGAAGAAGCAAAGGACAAAUGCGUAGUCGCAGAAGCAUAAUAAUUGUAUGACAAAAAUAAAAACGAAUUUAUUUCCAUUAGAAAUAUACAUAUGGGUCAUUCCAAGCCAAACAAAAAAAAGUGGUCGAUUUGCCAUGAAAUUCCUCACAUAGAUGCUUAACUUACAUUGUUACAUAUUUAAUUACAGUGUAAAUAUUUUUAUAUCUAAUAAAUCACUUUUACAAUUUUUAUAUAGUA